GAGGCAUGGCCGCCCUUAGCCACGCCUCCAGCGCGGUGGGGGCUCGGCGCGGCCGCGAUGGAGCUGGAGCAGAUACGGAAAAGCUACCGGGGGGACAGCGAGGCGUUCGAGGAGUGCCACCUGGUGUCCCUGGAUCCCCUGGAGCAGUUCCGGGCCUGGCUGCAGGACGCGCUGCAGUGCCCGGACAUCGCCGAGGCCAACGCCAUGUGCCUGGCCACCUGCUCCAGGGACGGGCGGCCCUCGGCGCGCAUGGUGCUGCUCAAGGGGCUGGGGCCGGACGGGCUGCGCUUCUUCACCAACUACGAGAGCAGGAAGGGCCGGGAGCUGGACUCCAACCCCUUCGCCUCCCUCGUGUUCUACUGGGAGCCCCUUUGCCGGCAGGUGCGCAUCGAGGGCUCGGUGCGGCGCCUGCCCGAGGAGGAAUCCGAGCGCUAUUUCCACUCGCGGCCCCGGGGCAGCCAGAUCGGGGCCCUGGUGAGCCGGCAGAGCUCGGUCAUCCCUGACAGAGAGUACCUGCGCAAGAAGAGCGCGGAGCUGGAGGAGCUGUACCGGGACAAGGCGGUGCCCAAGCCGGACUACUGGGGCGCGUACGUGGUGGAGCCGGAGCUGGUGGAGUUCUGGCAGGGCCAAUCGAACCGGCUGCACGACCGGAUCGUGUUCCGGCGGCUGCGGGACCGCGCGGCGCCGCUCGGGGCCAUGACCCGCCGCGGCCACGGCGAGUGGGUGUACGAGCGCCUGUCGCCGUGAGCCCGGCCCGGGACGGCCCGGGAAUGGCCCGGGAAUGGCACCCGGGAAUGGCCCCGGGAACGGCCCCGGAACGGCCCCGGGAAUGUCCCCAAGUGUCGCAGCCGCCCCGCCCCCGUCCCUCGCUGUGUGCUGGGGAUGGGCCCGGGGCUGCCCUCACCCCGUCUGCAGCCGCUCCCCGUGGUUAAUUAAUCGUGUUAAUGAUUGUGCAGGGACCAGCUGUGACCCCAGUGAUCCCCCUGUUCCUGUCCCCAUCCCCGUACCUGUCCCAUCCCUGUCCCUGUCCCUCUGUGUGCUGGGAAUGCCUUCAGAGCUGCCCUCACCCGGUGUGUCCCCAAAUCCCUCUGCAGCCACUCCCCGUGGUUAAUUAAUCGUGUUAAUGAUCGUGCAGGGACCAGCUGUGACCCCAGUGAUCCCCUGUCCCAUCCCUGUCCCUGUCCCUCUGUGUGCUGGGGAUGCCUUCAGAGCUGCCCUCACCCCGUCUGCAGCCGCUCCCCGUGGUUAAUUAAUCGUGUUAAUGAUCGUGCAGGGACCAGCUGUGACCCCCCUGUCGCUGUCGCUGUCCCACCACUGCCACCUCUCUCUCCAUGUUUGAGCUGGAAUCCUGGCAAUUGUUUUAGCAUGGAAUCGUGCUCAAUUCCCAGGUCAUUACUGCUUGUUGUUUAAUUAACUUAAAUCGUGUCACCGCUGCCGUGCCCUGUCCCAGGGCCGUGAGACCCCAACCCUCGACCCGUCCCCUCCUCCAGCUGCCGGAAAACAAUAAUAAAUCAGGAUUUAUGUGGA